AUGGGAGAGAGAGGGACCACAGUGGGCCUGCUGUGGGUCAAGGCUCCCUCUCUACGUGUGUCAGGGACAGACAGCUCCAUGGAGAGGACUCCUCCUGAGGCCACACACACCACAUACAUCCUCCAGUACACCACAUACAACCUCCAACACACCACAUACAUCCUCCAGCACACCACAUACAUCCUCCAGCACACCACAUACAUCCUCCAGUACACCACAUACAACCUCCAACACACCACAUACAACCUCCAACACACCACAUACAUCCUCCAGCACACCACAUACAUCCUCCAGUACACCACAUACAUCCUCCAGCACACCACAUACAACCUCCAGCACACCACAUACAUCCUCCAGUACACCACAUACAACCUCCAACACACCACAUACAUCCUCCAGCACACCACAUACAUCCUCCAGUACACCACAUACAACCUCCAACACACCACAUACAACCUCCAACACACCACAUACAUCCUCCAGUACACCACAUACAUCCUCCAGCACACCACAUACAUCCUCCAGCACACCACAUACAUCCUCCAGUACACCACAUACAACCUCCAACACACCACAUACAUCCUCCAGCACACCACAUACAUCCUCCAGUACACCACAUACAACCUCCAACACACCACAUACAUCCUCCAGCACACCACAUACAUCCUCCAGCACACCACAUACAUCCUCCAGCACACCACAUACAUCCUCCAGCACACCACAUACAUCCUCCAGUACACCACAUACAACCUCCAACACACCACAUACAUCCUCCAGCACACCACAUACAACCUCCAGCACACCACAUACAUCCUCCAGCACACCACAUACAACCUCCAACACACCACAUACAUCCUCCAGCACACCACAUACAACCUCCAGCACACCACAUACAUCCUCCAACGCACCACAUACAUCCUCCAACGCACCACAUACAUCCUCCAGCACAACACAUACAUCCUCCAGCACACCACAUACAUCCUCCAACGCACCACAUACAUCCUCCAACACACCACAUACAUCCUCCAGCACACCACAUACAACCUCCAGCACACCACAUACAUCCUCCAGCACACCACAUACAUCCUCCAGCACACCACAUACAACCUCCAGCACACCACAUACAUCCUCCAGCACACCACAUACAUCCUCCAGCACACCACAUACAACCUCCAGCACACCACAUACAUCCUCCAGCACACCACAUACAUCCUCCAGCACACCACAUAUAACCUCCAGCACACCACAUACAACCUCCGGCACACCACAUACAACCUCCAGCACACCACAUACAACCUCCAGCACACCACAUACAACCUCCAGCCAGACGGAACUCAUCCAGUGGCGCUGCAGCAUCUGGUGAACUAA